CUAUCAUUAAUUUUCCAAUUGAUACCCUUUCCCCUUCUUUAAUUAAUUCACCUCUGCAACCAUGCGUCUCUCUUACGCCGUGUCUCUUCUGCCUCUGGCUGCCUUCGUCGGCGCCCUUGAGGUCACCUCCCCCAAGAAGGGCGAAGAUAUCGAUGUCUCCAGCUCCUUCACCGUGACCUGGGAUUCCGUCUCGACUGACCCCACCACCUUCGACCUCUACCUGGUCAACAACGCCGUCUACCCCACUGUAGACAAGAAGGUCGCCUCUGAUGUCGAAACCUCCAAGGGAUCCUACACUGUGUCUGGCCUGUCCGGCGUCACCGAUGGCUCCGGCUACCAAAUCAAUCUCGUCUCCACCUCCUCCACGAAUAGCGGUAUCCUCGCGCAAUCCGAGCAGUUCACCGUCGAGGGUGGUUCCAGCUCCACCACCACCGCCAGCGCCUCCAUGACUACCUCCGCCUCUUCUUCUUCUUCCUCUUCCUCUACUGGCACUUCUACUGCAUCCUCCACUCGUUCUGCCUCUGCCUCGGGUACUUCUACUGCCUCUGCCAGCGGUACCGAGACGACUGCCCCCGCCUCCACCGGCGCCGGUAUGGCUCUUACUGCACCGAUGUCUGUUGCUGCGGG